UUACAUCUCCCUGGAGCCCAGCGCUGCUAGCUUUUCAGAGACUCGCCAGGAGCCGGCGGCCAGAGUUGGGACCGUGCAGACUGCGCUCCUCUGCCCUCCCUGCGCGCCGGCCUCGCCCAUGUCUCAGUACGCUCCCGGCUCAGACUUCAAGAGGGCUUUGGACAGCAGUCCCGAGGCCAACACUGAGGAUGACAAGACCGAGGAGGAUGUGCCCAUGCCCAGGAACUACCUGUGGCUCACCAUUGUCUCGUGUUUUUGUCCCGCGUACCCCAUCAACAUCGUGGCUUUAGUUUUCUCCAUCAUGUCUCUGAACAGCUACAACGAAGGAGACAUUGAAGGAGCCAAGCGGCUUGGGAGGAAUGCCAAGUGGGUGGCCGUUGCCUCCAUCAUCAUUGGCCUUCUCAUCAUUGCUAUUUCUUGUGCCGUUCACUUCACACGGAAAGCGUGAGCAGCCAGUGGUCAGCCACAAGCAUGGAGGAUGGACCUUAUCCACACACACCCCAAAGAAGUUUCUGAGGAAUGGAUCCUUGACUUCAGACUGUGAGAUCUUUUCCUCUAGGACUCUCCAGAGGCAGGCCCCUGGCAAAGGAACUAAACGAGAAAAAAAGAAAAAAAAAAAGUCCAAAAUUUAGGAAAACCAAGCUGCACAGCCAGAUCAGCCAGAGUCGUCAGCUAAGUCUAACUGUUUCAGUUUAUCAAAAGCCAUUGUGUCCAUGUAUCCAGGCCUCUCCUCCAGAGAUGAGCCUCAGGAAAUCUCAUCACUUUUCAGUGGAGGGGGAGAGGUUCCAGAUCUGGGAGGAAAGGGAGUUUCUAGAAAGAGCAGUGGAUGCUGGUGUUGGCAGUGUUGAGCACAUGUUGAGCAUGUUUAAAGUUGUCUAAUAGAACUGAAUUUGCGUGUUGUGUCCUUGUAUGUUUAUGUACUGCAGCUUCACGUCAGUCUUCCGUAGCUCCUCCUCUGUCAGCCCCCAAGAGUUCAACAUACUGGCAUCAAAGCGAAGAAGAUUUCUGGUCUUA